UGCACUGUGACUACCUCAAUCGUCCUCAUAAGUCCAUCCAUCGUAGAAGGACAGACCCCAUGGUCACACUCUCUUCAGUGCUGGAGAGCAUCAUUAAUGACAUGAGGGACCUUCCUAAUACAUACCCGUUUCACACUCCUGUUAAUGGCAAGGUAGUUAAGGAUUAUUACAAGAUCAUCACACGGCCGAUGGACCUGCAGACGUUGCGUGAAAAUGUUCGCAAGCGCAUGUACCCUUCACGAGAAGAGUUCAGAGAGAGUGUUGAACUCGUCUACAAAAACAGUGCUACGUACAAUGGUGCAAAGCAUCCUUUAACCCUCGUCAGUCAAGCAAUGUUGAAUCUGUGUGAUGAGAAACUCAAAGAGGUAGAUGUGUAUCUUUUACUAGGACUACACAUACUUGCAAAGAGAUUAAAGGGGUGUUAA